AUGGCUUCCUCUUCUUCUCCCCCAAAGCAUCUUGAUUUAAAUGUUACUCCCAAAACAACCUGUGACGCCAAAGUCUGGCGUCCAUCCUUUGUAUCCCAAAAUAGUCAUCUCGCGAUUAGUAAUUCUGUGAUGAUGAACGAUACGACUGCUGUCAUAGUAGUUAGGAAUUUCCUUACUCCUAUGGAUGAAAUACUGUUAAUAGGAAGGUAUGACGAAGAGGCUAUUGACGACUCAAUGGCUUUUAGCAUUCAGAGUGCUACUUCUGUUUCUAACAUGGCUGAUCGUUUGUGUGCCAGAGCAAAUGAGAUUCAUGAGCUGAACACUGAAAAUUCGUCUCUUCAGAGAAUACUUCACGAGUCUCAACAAGCGGUUGAGAAACUUAAAGAGGAAAACAAGGCCUUGUUGAAACUAGUGAUUUCAUACUCCAUUAAUAAGCGAACAAGGCUUGACAUGCUGCAGAUUUCCAAUGAAAAGAUUGUGGGAGACCAUGAGAGGCUCGUGGUUGUUCACCCAUUUUGCGUUUACUCCUGUGGUGGAAGGGCAAAGUUCCCCACUGCCUUGUGA